GCGACGCGGGCUACGACGUCAACAAGUACGCCCUGAUUCGACGAUCCUGAGCUAUAAGCUUGUCAUCGGAUCAGCGGCCCGUGUGAAUCCUGACACAACGCUCAUCACUACAUCUUCUGUCCUGUCGUGGCGCAGACCUGUUCUAGCACACGCGGCGCAUGUGUAUGCGUCAAAUGGAUUUUGAUUCUAGGAUGAAUUACCGGCGCCUUGUUCGGAUACGACGGCAGCGCCCCAAUGUGACCGGACAAUUAUCCUAAUUCAGUGACAUCACUCCGUUAAUUGAAUACCGAAGCGAUACACUAUGACCCGUCAUCAGAUUUAUGUUCCCCGGCUGACGCUUAAAAGCAAGGGGGCUCCGAGUCCCACUCAACCCACGCACUGAAGAGAAGCCAUGCACAUAUUCAUGCUAUGCCUCGCGUUUGUCCUCACAGCAAUGUUGUUGGUCUCAGCUCUGCAUCGAACAUUGCGCACUCGCAGAAGCGAGCUUGAUUUCACCUUUCACCCCGGAGCGCUUAUGAGCGUUGUGGGAUCGACUGUGGCUCUAAUACUGCAGAUCCACCAUCCCAGUAUCAGCCUCGCUCUGCACAACCACUCGAAUUUCUGGGAACGUCCCCUGAUUCGCUACCUCCGAACUUUCAUAUACGUCGAGCUCGCAUUGAACGGUACCAACCACGAGCAAGAGCAGACGGCCUCCUGGCUCCGCUGGGUGCAUAGACACAUCCACGGGCUGGUGACCGAGAAGACGCGCGCGGAUUUUGGGAUCCCAGACGGCAUCGAGAUGUACGGCUACGUGGACGACCUCAUGGUAUACGUCAUCCAGACGUUGACCUGGGCGACGAUUGAGUUUGAAGAGCGGUUCGGUGGCGAACUGUCUCCCCGCAUGAAAGAUCUCAUCGUUUGGGAGUACACUUGUGCAGCGAUGCGUCUCGGUGUCCCGAGAGAGAUGUUAUCUUCAUCCUAUACAGAUUUCGUCUCCGCCUUCCGUGCUCGUAUCGACUCACUUUCGACCGAGUGCAAGCUUACCACAAACAUCUUCCUGUCUCUCGAAGAGACAAUCUUGCUUUCAACUCGCAUGCGUUGGAUCACGUCGCUUGGCCUCAAAGCGGCAUUUCUUGUCGGACCCACCCUACUGCCUGGGGAAUUAAAAUCACAGUACGUCCUCAAAAGUGCGCGCAGCCCCGUUUCGCGCAUCACACAGCGAGUCUUGUGCGCGCUUCUACGGCUACUCUAUCCACUUCUGUUGUGGCUCCCGCUUCGUGGUUUGAUCGCACUCGUUGUCUUCAUCGAGCCUGGCAUGACGAAUGUCGUCUCUUCAACUCUACGGACGAUCCACUCGAUGGACGUGAUGCAAGACCGGCCCAUUCCGACCUCUGCAUCCGAAAUCGAGCACGUGGACUACAUUGAGUGGCUCGAACAUAGCGGUCGCAUCCGCCCGACGUUUCUCCAGCGUGCCUUCAUCAGCUUGCUGAAGUACCGGGCCGGAUCGAUCUCUCUUCCGGGGAUAGUUUCAAGCAUAACCGGCCAUGCAACGAGCGCGAUUCGAUCCAGCCUACUUGACAUGAUAGAGGACUCUCGCUGUCACCUCCUAGGCUCUCGUAUGAAGGACGCGAAAGCGAGCCCUUUGCACGUGGGCAUGAUCAUGGACGGCAAUCGUCGCUUCGCGCGCAGACGCAAGGAGCAAGUCAUCGCAGGACACCGAACGGGUGCCGUGACUGCUUCUCGGGUGGUAGAAUGGUGGCUAAGGCACCGAGACAUCGGCCCGCAAUACCUGACAUGCUGGGCCUUUUCAUCAGACAACUUCGCCCGGCCGGCUGCGGAGCGGGACGGGCUGUUCGGCCUCAUGACGAGCGAGUUCAAAGCGCUCGCGUUCUCCAGCGUCGUUCAUCUCUAUCGCAUCCGGAUCACCUUCAUCGGCAGCGAGAAUGCUCGGACUAAACUGCCGCCCACGCUGGUCGAGGCAAUGGAGCUUGUCGAGCAAGUGACGCGUGGGUAUGAUUCUCUGUUCUUGCAGAUCGCUGUCGGAUACGGAGGCAGGGAGGAGAUCGUGGACGCUGUCAAUUCGCUCCACAAUCGUCAGGAACGCAUCAGCGAGGCGAGUAUCUCGCGCGAGAUGUAUGGCCGUGGGUGCGGCAUUCCGCCUGUGGAUCUCAUCGUGCGCACAUCUGAGAAACGAACCAGCGGAUUUCUGCUGUGGGACAGCCAAGCCGCCGAACUGCACUUCAUCGAUAAACUGUGGCCCGAGUUAUCAGAGUUGGACUGGCUGCAGACCCUAGAUGCCUAUGCCAAGCGGGAGAUCAGAGGUGGGAAAUAGACAGCGACACAAUCGGAGAUCCUCGGGAGCAGUGAGACAUUACUUAUGUCAGCAGCUCAGAGCAGCGGAAGUAGAAGAGAAAAUAUUGAUUUAGAAUGCUAGUCAGUCCACAAUCUUAUACACGUGUGUUACUUGCCGGUUAUCAAAAACCUAGCUCGGCUUGGGAAAGA